AUGCCUCACAUCGCGGGCUUAAGCACUGCCUCUGAGUCUGAGGAUUUCAAAAAGAUCAUUCUCUGCUUCGACGGCACUGGUAACACCUUCACUGGCUCUAAUGCGGACACAAACGUUGUUAAGAUCCUGCGCAAGCUAGAUCGCAACCAUCCCAAUCAGCACCAUUACUACCAGACUGGCAUUGGUACCUACGAUAUCAAUGAGAAGUCUGUCAAUAAGUCAGCAGUAGGAAAGAUGUUCAGCUCCAUUUCACAGACCAUCGACCAGGGCUUCGGCACAACGUUCGACGCCCAUGUUAUGGCCGGCUAUCGUUUUCUGAUGCGGUACUACGAGCAUAACGCCAAGAUCUACAUCUUUGGAUUCAGCCGUGGCGCCUUUACUGCCAAGUUCCUCGCACGCAUGAUCAACAAGGUCGGCCUACUCUGCAAGGGUAACGAGGAAAUGGUCCCAUUCACAUUCCUUCUCUACCAGCGCUUCCUCGCAGGCGAGAUCCAGGACCGCGUUAACGCUCAGAGUCAAUGCGAUGACAAUCACGAAGAUCCCCACGGCGAGCCAGCCGAGGCGGACCCUCUCUUGGCUGGCACAGCCAAGGUCCAUAGAAGCCACGAAACCGAGGAGGCGCUCAAUGAGAUAACAGCCUUCAGGGAAACGUUCUGCCGCACAGAGACGAACGAGUGUGGUGAAGAGACCAACAUCAAGAUCUACUUCCUUGGUAUCUGGGACUGCGUUAACUCUGUAUCCGUCCUGGAGAGAAAGACGCCCGUGCCAGUCGCAGUCGGCGGAACAGCGCAAUUCGUGCGCCACGCCGUCGCCGUCGACGAGCGUCGUGUCAAGUUCAAGCCCGCUCUCCUUGCCCAGGACAUCCGCGACUCCAAGCACAAACACGACGACGAGGACAUCCAAGAGGUCUGGUUCCCUGGCAACCACGGUGACGUCGGCGGCGGCUGGCCAGCGCUAGACAAUAACCCUCUGGACCAGAACAAUCUGGAGAAGAUGACGCUCUGGCAGCUCGUCAAGAACUUCUGGACGUCGCGCAAGGCGCAGGGUGCCAGUGGCUCCCUUGACGACGACCGCCUGCAGAUGAGCGAUAUCCCGCUGGCGUGGAUGAUUCACCAGGUUGAGCUUAUAGGUGAUAAGGACACCAGGGCAGCCGUCCACUGGGGCAGGAGCCUCGACAAGUUUAAGGCGUUGAUGGACGACAGGGAUAAGAGGAAGGAGGAGGCUGAGACGGGAUUCAUGCACGACUGUCUCGCUUUUGGCUACGGGACGGGCUUCAUAAAAGUCUUGAUGUGGAAGUUCAUGGAAUGGCUCCCCUUCAUCACCCGCUGGGAGCUAGACGGCGUCGACCCGGAUGACAAAGGGUGGAAGAAUAUGCGAUUUCCGCUCAACAAGGCUGCUGCGCGCGACAUCCCGCGCAAGGCUGUCCUCCACGCCUCGCUCAUAGAGAGACUGAAGGACAAGACAUAUUUCCCGUCCAACAACCAUGGGGGAAGUCUCCCACCCUGUCUGAAGACCAGAGCUGACUCGGGUGAGGGUAGAAUUACUGCAUUCACGCCCGAGGAGCAGCAGCCAGUAAAGGACGUGACCUCGACUUCCUCGACGAGGAAGCCGGAGACGAAUAUGGACGUUCUCAAGUCGAGGGAGAAGGAUAAGCAGGAUCACCAGACGUUUGUUAUUACUCACAUUCAGCAGUAG